CUAGCUAGCCGUCACCCCUCGUAUAUAACCGCGCACCCCUUCGCCCUCCCACCGUUUCAGCUUUCGGCGGCGGCGGCGCACUCCCGUGUUCUCACCCAGGCGCGCACUCCUCCUCGCCGUCUCGGAUCCACCGCCGCUUCCGCAGCCAUGGUGAACGUUCCGAAGACCAAGAAGACCUACUGCAAGAACAAGGAGUGCAAGAAGCACACCCUCCACAAGGUUACCCAAUACAAAAAGGGUAAGGACAGUCUUUCUGCCCAGGGGAAGCGUCGUUAUGACCGCAAGCAGUCUGGAUAUGGUGGCCAGACAAAGCCUGUUUUCCACAAGAAGGCCAAGACAACAAAGAAGAUUGUGCUGAAGUUGCAGUGCCAGAGCUGCAAGCAUUACUCACAACGUGCUAUCAAGAGGUGCAAGCACUUCGAAAUUUGUGGAGACAAGAAGGGCAAGGGAACCUUCUCUUCUAAGCUAAUGAUAUCGUCGUUAUGUUUAUAAUGUUGUGCCGGAACAUGCUACUAAAAGAAUGUAUUACCUUAAUUUUUCUUGUUAUAACCCUGUGUGCCCUGUGAGCAUAUGGAUUGCCUUUGUGGAAACUACUUUCUUGGGAUGUAAGAUACAAGUAAAAUGCUCUGAGUUUGGUAUUUUUGUUCUUGGUCUAA